AUGUUCUUAAAAGUGUUAAUAUUAUUUAUCACAGUAAUUUUUCAACAUGUUUUUGGGGCUCAAGUUUCAGGUAUAUUCACUAAUUUUAAUUCACUUACAUAUACCCCAACAGUAGGUUAUACUCAUGCUGCCCCAAACAACCCAACAUGGCAAGCGACUUUAGAUUGGACGUUAGAUGGAACCAGGUUGUCUGCUGGUGAUACAUUUCAAUUAAUGAUGCCUUGUGUUUUUAAAUUCAUUACCGAUCAGACGUCUGUAGAUUUAACCGCUCAAGGAGUUUCAUAUGCAACAUGUCAACUUAGACCAGGUGAACUUAUUGUAGCUUAUUCAACACUUGAUUGUACAGUGAAACCAGCAUUAUCAACCAAUAAAGCUUAUGGGUCAUUAACUAUUCCAUUAACUUUCAAUGUGGGAGGAUCUGGGAAUCUGGUUGACAUGGAAGAUGCUUCUUGUUUCGAUGGAGCAGGUCAAAAUACAGUUACCUUCAGAGAUGGGCCAAAUCAAUUAUCAAUUGUGGUAAAUUUUGAUAUUCCAGAUGUUACAAGUACAACUCUUGGUUAUGAUGCUGUUAGAAUAAUACCUACAUUAAAUAAACAACAGAUUUAUGCACUUCCUCACAGUUGUCCAAAAGGUUAUUCAAGUGGUACGCUUGGUCUUUCAGCUAAAGGAGCUCAAACAUUUGAUUGUUCAAAUUGGCAUUUUGGUUUUUCAAAUACUAUGAAUGAUUGGUAUUUUCCAAGAGAUUUCACCACCAAAUAUAUGACAACACAACUGUGUACUCCUACUUUAGUUACUUUUUCAUUUAAAGACGUUCCGGCUGGCUAUAAACCUUUCAUUGAUAGCUUUUAUAACGCUGUUAAUGGCCAGGAUGUCACAUUUGAUUUAAUAUCUCAAGUAUAUUGUACUGGAAGCUCAAUCUAUUGGGAUGACUCAAAACCACAAUCAUUUUACAAGUAUAAUCAAUCUUUAGCUUUUGCUGAUGGUCAUGUUGUGGUAGUUACAACCAAAACUGUUACAGGUACAGCUCCAACACUGAUUACUACGCUUCCAUUCAAUCCCACCGUUGAUAAAACUCAAACAAUUCAAGUUAUUGCUCCAGUUCCCACUGUUACAGUCACAAAAUCUCACGUAGGCUUGUCAACAUCCUAUAGCACAGUCACUAACAGUCCAGGUGGCACAGCAACUUAUUUUAUAGAUAAUCCAUAUCAUUUAACAACUACACUGUCAUUAUUUUAUUCAGGAAAUACAAAAUCCACUUCCACUUUUAUUAAUCCAAGUGGAACUUUAGAUACUGUUUUCAUUUAUUAUCCUGUUAAUCCAACAACCACAGUUUCAUCAUAUUGGUCAAAUUCUUAUACUUCAACAAGUACUGCUACAAAUGGUCCAGGUAAAACAGAUUCAUUGGUCAUUCAAUAUCCUAAUAAUCCAACGGUUACAAGCUCCAUUUUUUGGACAGGAGUUUCAACUUCAUUUUCCACUACAAAAUUACUGGCAGGAAGUUCAGACACAAUCGUAAUAGCUUAUCCUUCCAAUCCAACUAGAACUACUACUAUUUAUACCGGAUCCCUGUUGACUACAACCACUCAAAAAAAUGGACCAGGAAGUGUAGAUUCAGUGAUUGUCAAUUUUCCUGUAAAUCCUACUUCAACAAAAACUCAAUAUUAUUCAGGAUCUACUACUUUAACAUCAACUAUUACAGCUACAAUUGGAGGAACUGAUUCAGUUAUAGUUAAUUACCCAUCAAAUUCAAUUUUAACUAAAACUCAAUAUUACUCAGGAUCUACAAUUUUCACAUCAACUGCUACAGCUACAUUUGGUGGUCAAGAUUCAGUAAUUGUUAAUUAUCCAUCAAAUCCAACUACAACCAAGACUCAAUAUUAUUCAGGAUCUACUGUUUUUACUUCAACUGCUACAGCUACAUUUGGUGGUCAAGAUUCUGUUAUAGUUAACUAUCCUUCAAAUCCAACUUUAACUAAAACUCAGUAUUAUUCAGGAUCAACUAUUUUUACUUCAACUGCUACAGCUACAUUUGGUGGUCAAGAUUCAGUAAUAGUUAAUUAUCCUUCAAAUCCAACUUUAACUAAAACUCAGUAUUAUUCAGGAUCAACUAUUUUUACUUCAACUGCUACAGCUACAUUUGGUGGUCAAGAUUCAGUAAUAGUUAAUUAUCCUUCAAAUCCAACUUU